AUGGAGCCUCUCGUGAAUGGCAGCACCGUGGGCGCCCAGCUCUUCAAUCGGCUGGUGUUGUUGUGUUCCACGAAGACUGCAGCUGCCAAGAAGCUCUUUGAGGAGUUGUCGACGGCCUGGAGGACUCCAGGGCGCGGCGCCAAAACCAAAGAGCUCCCAGCAGAGCCCAUCCAGACCGGGCGUCUCCCAGCCUGGCCGGGCUGCGCGCCCGAUGCCGUAGGCAUGGAUGGCGAGCCUUUAGAGCGAGUUCGACAGUACUUGCAGUGGCGCUGCCGCAUGAAGCACUUCGCCGGAAUUGCCUGUGGCAUCGUGAAGAACGGCAGCCUCGUCUUCUACCAGGAUGCAGGCUACCAGGAUGCCGAGCAGAAGGUGAAGAUGUCCGGCGACACUAUCGUCCGUCUUUUCUCCAUGACGAAGUGCUUGGUGGCCGCGGCUUUCUGCACAUACCUCGAAGAACCCAGCAGGCAAAUCGACCUCGACGAUCCCGUCAGCAAGUGCGCAGGGGGGUCAGGGUUUCUUCAACUGCUAUUCGUACUAGGCAGGCUUAUGAUGACGUUACGGCUUCAUUACUCAUGGGAUGGUGCACGGAAUCUUUCUGUGUGGCCAGGCUUGUUUUGA